AUGCUGCAGAAGGACGUUGGAGAUUGGAAUUGGACGCCACAGUGUCAAAAGGCUUUCAUCAAGGUCAAAGAAAUCCUAUCCUCAAAUCUCCUUCUCACACAUUACAAUCCUUCCCUUCCUAUCACAAUCGCUGCAGACGCCAGUGAGACGGGUAUUGGUUGCGUAGCAUACCAUACCAUGGAAAAUGGGCAGCACAAGGCAUUUUAUCAUGCCUCUCGCACUCUUACCAAGGCCGAGAAAAACUAUUCACAAAUUGACAAGGAGGGUCUUGGACUGGUUUAUGCUGUUCAGAAGUUUCACACCUACAUCUAUGGGAGAAAAUUUACUCUUCAGACGGACCACAAGCCCCUACUAUCAAUUUUUGGCUCGAAGAAGGGAGUGCCCAUCCACACCGCCAACCGGCUUCAACGCUGGGCUCUCAUUCUGUUGGCAUAUGAUUUUAACAUUGAAUAUGUCCCAACAAAUGAGUUUGGUGGAGCUGAUGUUCUUAGUCGUUUGAUUGAGCAACAAAAGUCAAGCAACGAGGACUUCAUCAUUGCCCAAGUCCGAGAUGACGAGAUCGUGGACAACAUUCUCAUCAGUGACGUGAACAAACGCUUACCGGUGACCUUCAAGAAGAUUGAGACUGCCACUCUUUCUUCUCCGACUCUACAAGAAGUCUCCAACUACAUCCGGCAUGGAUGGCCUCGCUCUACAGCUGAUUUCUCACCGGAAGUGGCAAACUACUACAAAAUCAGAGACUCUCUAACACUCAUACAUUCAUGUAUAGUCUACAGAGAUCGCAUUGUCAUACCACCAAUUUUCAGAAACGCAAUUCUCAAGCAGCUACAUGACGCUCAUCCAGGAAUAAAUCGUAUGAAGAGUCUUGCCCGCUCGUACGUUUUCUGGCCACAUAUGGAUUCUGAUAUUGAGAACUUGGUCAAAUCUUGUUCUUCCUGUGCUGCUGCUGCCAAAAAUCCGACAAAAUGCGACCUAUCUUCAUGGCCUCUCACAUCAAGGCCAUGGCAGAGAGUACAUGCCGACUACGCUGGACCAAUUGAUGGACAGUGGUUCCUUGUCUUGGUAGAUGCUUACACAAAAUGGCCUGAAGUAUACAUGACAACUACCACUACAUCAUUGGCGACCAUCAGCAAAAUCUCGGAUGCCUGCUCACGUUUUGGAUUCAUGGAGACCAUCGUAACAGACAAUGGUACCCAAUUCACCAGUGCUGAAUUCGCUGAAUUUUGCCGCGAGCGAGGUAUCACCCAUAUCACGACAGCGCCAUUUCAUCCACAAAGCAAUGGCCUGGCAGAACGUUUCGUGGACACCUUGAAGCGUUCUCUCUCCAAGCUGUCUGGCAUUGGCAACACACAGACAGCCCUCACAAAAUUCUUGAUGUCCUACCGCUGUACACCCAACCCAAAUACGUUCAACGGCAGUUCUCCAGCAGAACUCAUGAUGUCACGACCACUUCGAACUACACUUUCUCUGACUCAACCUAUCGAGAAUGAUCCAAUUGAAAGAAACACGGCCAUGGAAAAUCAAUACAACAAGAAACAUGGGACCAAAAGUCGUUCAUUCGUUCGAGGGGAAGAGGUAUUGGCAAAAUGCUUCCGUGGCAAUCACUCAUUCUGGGCACCCGGUACGAUCAUCGAGAAACGCGGGAACGUUAUGUACAACGUCUCAAUCCUUUUGCCGAGAGGAUGUUCCAGACUGAUUCGCAGCCAUGUUAAUCAACUCCGUAAACGCUACCCAGACACAAACGAAUCAGCUGAUGAUCCCUCUCUGGUUGAAGGUCAACAAGUCUCCAUCCCUUUCGACUACGACGAUGGAAAUCAAUCAGCAGACUCCUCUGCUGACGGGACAUCUCAGGAAUCUUCCAAUGUUCCCAUGCGGCGAAGUCGUCAGCCAUAUCGGAACCCUAGGCUUCCGACACGCUCAUCUCCUCCACGACUUCGUUCCCGGCUUCCACGCAGGAUCCCGCAGGCUCCAGCUUCUUCGAGGGGGGAGGUGUUGGGUAUCGGCCCAACGACAGAUGGCGUAAGCCAUGCCUGA